GGGCGGUCUGCGGUCGGGCUGAGACGCGCGGAGCAAUGGCGACCUUUGUGAGCGAGCUGGAGGCGGCCAAGAAGAACUUGAGCGAGGCCCUGGGGGACAACGUGAAACAAUACUGGGCUAACCUAAAGCUGUGGUUCAAGCAGAAAAUCAGCAAAGAGGAGUUUGACCUUGAAGCUCAUAGACUUCUCACGCAGGAUAAUGUCCAUUCUCACAAUGAUUUCCUCCUGGCCAUUCUCACGCGUUGUCAGAUUUUGGUUUCUACACCAGAUGGUGCUGGAUCUUUGCCCUGGCCAGGGGGUUCCGCAGCAAAACCUGGAAAACCCAAAGGAAAGAAAAAGCUUUCUUCUGUUCGUCAGAAAUUUGAUCAUAGAUUCCAGCCUCAAAAUCCUCUCUCAGGAGCUCAGCAAUUUGUGGCAAAGGAUCCCCAAGAUGAUGACGACUUGAAACUUUGUUCCCACACAAUGAUGCUUCCCACUCGAGGCCAGCUUGAAGGGAGAAUGAUCGUGACUGCUUAUGAGCAUGGGCUGGACAAUGUCACCGAGGAGGCAGUUUCAGCUGUUGUCUAUGCUGUGGAGAAUCACCUGAAAGAUAUACUGACAUCAGUUGUGUCAAGAAGGAAAGCUUAUCGGUUACGAGAUGGCCAUUUUAAAUAUGCCUUUGGCAGUAAUGUGACCCCGCAGCCAUACCUGAAGAAUAGUGUAGUAGCUUACAACAACUUAAUAGAAAGCCCUCCAGCUUUUACUGCUCCCUGUGCUGGUCAGAAUCCAGCUUCUCACCCACCCCCUGAUGAUGCUGAGCAGCAGGCUGCACUCCUGCUGGCGUGCUCUGGAGACACACUGCCUGCAUCUUUGCCUCCAGUGAACAUGUAUGACCUUUUUGAAGCUUUGCAGGUACACAGGGAAGUCAUUCCUACACAUACUGUCUAUGCCCUUAAUAUUGAAAGGAUCAUCACGAAACUCUGGCAUCCAAAUCAUGAAGAGCUGCAGCAAGACAAAGUUCACCGCCAGCGCUUGGCAGCCAAGGAGGGGCUUUUGCUGUGCUAAAUUAGGAUUUGAGGGUGUGGGACCCUCACCAAAUUCAUUGAUUACUGCAAAUUGAAUGUUUUUGGGGUCCACAUUUCAAGGCUGAAGUGUAUAGUGUAUAUAUAACCUUUCCUAUGGAAAUGUGACAUUGAGUACAUUUUGUGUUGCUAUUGUGAAGCCAUUAAUAUAAAUCUUUGGUAAUGACCCAUAUUUCUAUAUGUGUGUAUGUUCCCAGUUGUGGGAGCAGGCACUAACGAAAUCCUGUGCCUGAAAUGGAGAUAUUUAGGUACCUGAGGCUUAGUGUCCUGUGGUUUGCAUGUAAGAUAGAUGACAUCGUAAAACAAAGAAGCUGUUAUAACUUAAUCCCCCUGAUCAGCAGGAUAUCUGUGUGUUCAGUGACGUCAUACAUUCUGUAUCUAGUAGUCUUAAAAUUUCUGCCUUUCUCCUAAAGAAUGUGUUCUUGCAUUUUGGUUGAAAUAACCUACAGUGUUAACAAUCAGAUACCUCCUUUAGUGACCAGUUUAAUUUUUAAUAGCUAUAGAUAGCCCCUGAGAAAUUUAUCACUAUAACUCCACAGGAAAUAUGACAUGGAAAUGCUCUGUGUAUACUAAACAAAAUAAAGUCCCUCUUUGCAUUUAAAACCAAAGUCAAAACAAUACUCUUGUAAUGCAGUUAAUUAACUUUACGCCUUCCCAUGACUCAAGUUUUGUUAAAUAGGCCCAAAAACUUUGAUUGGCAGUUUCUUUGGUUAAUUAUUCCUAUAGAAUGUAUUUUAAGAAAUCUAUACAAAUUGGAUAUAUGCUUGGUAAUUCCCCAGUUUCUAGGAGGUACCUGUUUCUACCGUUUCAAGUGAUAAAGUGAAAAUAAUUUACAUUCGACAGUGUUACUGAUAACAAACCUACUUUAAGAGAUGUGUUGCUCUUUAUUUAAGGGAUAGUGUUGAUAGAUAAAUUAGAAUGUAUAGAUAGG